AUGGGCCCAAUCGCAUGGGUCUACAGUUCAGAAAUAUUUCCAAUGAAGCUAAGGGCCCAAGGGUUCAGUAUGGGAGUGGCAGUGAAUCGGAUCACAAGUGGAUUAAUUUCAAUGACGUUUAUAUCUUUGUACAAAGGCAUCUCAAUUGGCGGGACUUUCUUGAUGUGUGCAGGGAUUGGUGCAGUUGCAUGGGUGUUUUUCUAUACUUUAUUUAUCGAGACUCGGGGUAAAACACUCGGGGAGAUGGAAUUGUUGUUUGGCACUUUUUCUAAGUGGAGAUCUACAUCGAGGAAAUUGAAGAAGGAAAAGGCCGAGAUCGACAGCACCAAUUAUCAUAUCCAAAUGGAGACAUGGGGCACUCUAUAA